UCCUUUUUAUCGGCGCACCCUGUUUUGUCCGACCCAAUCUAACCGCAGAUACACAAAAAAGUAUACAUUACGUGUUAAAAACCCAAUUUGAAAAAAAAAAAUUCAGCUCAUAACUGAAGGCUGAAGAGUAAGAGAGAGGGCUGAAGCUGAUCCAUUUUUCAUCCAUAAUUUACAUCUAUAAUUUCAGUUUAGAAAAAAAUAAUUUGCAGCCUUUUCUUGAUUGCUGAUGUUUGUUAAGCAUGGAAUGAAUUCUGGGUUUUCAUCUUUAGCUUCAUCAGCGGUUUUAAGGAGGCAACAGUUUCUUAUAAGAUCUCUAAAUGGGUACAGUGUCAGUGACAAAAUAAGAAUGGAAGCUGUGAAAUGCUUGAGUGGAGGAGCCUCUUUAGAGGCUAAUGCUGAGUCUGUUUUGAGAGCAAUUGCCCCAUCACUUGACCCUACUAGACAUAAAGGCCAAGCUGGGAAGAUAGCUGUUGUCGGAGGGUGUCGUGAAUAUACCGGUGCACCUUACUUUGCUGCUAUUUCAGCUUUGAAGAUUGGCGCAGAUUUGUCGCAUGUUUUCUGUACAGAAGGGGCUGCCACAGUUAUAAAAAGUUACAGUCCUGAGUUGAUAGUGCACCCUAUUUUAGAAGAGUCAUAUAAUAUUAGUGGUGUUAAUGAUGAGGGCAAAAGAGAUAUCUCAAAGAAGAUUCUUUCCGAGUUUGAUAAAUGGAUGGAAAGAUUUGAUUGUCUGGUUGUUGGUCCGGGACUUGGAAGGGACCCAUUUCUUCUGGAAUGUGUGAGCAAAAUCAUGACACGUGCAAGGCAAUCAAAUGUUCCAAUAGUUGUAGAUGGGGACGGACUCUUCCUUGUGACAAACAGUAUCGAGCUUGUUAGUGGCUAUCGCUUAGCUGUCUUGACUCCGAAUGUGAAUGAAUAUAAGCGCCUGGUUCAGAAAGUUCUAGGUUGUGAUGUAAACGAUCAAAACACUCAUGGGGAACUGCUCUCUCUUUCGAAACAGAUCGGUGGUGUAACGAUCUUAAGGAAAGGAAAGUCUGACCUCAUUAGUGAUGGUGAAAAAGUCCAAUCGGUAAGCAUUUAUGGAUCUCCACGGCGCUGUGGUGGCCAAGGUGAUAUUCUUUCUGGAAGUGUUGCGGUAUUUUUAUCUUGGGCUCGUCAAUGCAAUUCGGCCGCCGAAAGGGAAUCAACUAUCAGUCGAACAAAUCCAACCGUGUUGGGUUGCAUUGCUGGCUCAGCUUUAUUGAGGAAGGCUGCAGCUCUUGCUUUUGAGCAUAAAAAAAGGUCAACUCUUACUACCGAUAUCAUCGAACACUUGGGGCAAAGUUUGGAAGCGAUUUCUCCUGUAUCUUGAUAAUAGACACCAACACAGAUGUCUGUCCCCAUAUGCACUCAGAAGGCUGUUUCGAUGACAAAAGUAUAGCGCGCUAAAAACUUUUCUUUCAUGUAAUGGAAUAUAAUAAUAUUUCAGUGUUUGCAUGGAAUGUUGAUGAACAUAAUGUAAAAGGUGAGAGGAUUCUAUUAUAGGUUGGAGAGCAAUGAAGAUCUCUACUAUUUUAUCUUGAGGUGAUUAAA